AUGGCUGCCGACACGCCCGUGAGGACAGAGCAGGAGGAGCUGCAGGGGAGGGCCAACCAGGUGACAGAUGAGUCCCUGGAGAGUACCCGUCGUAUGAUGCAGCUAGUAGAGGAGAGCAAAGAUUCAGGAAUCCGGGCCCUGGUCAUGCUGGACGAACAAGGAGAGCAACUGGACCGCAUCGAUGAGGGGAUGGAUCAAAUCAACAAGGAUAUGAAAGAGGCUGAGAAAAACCUCACUGACAUGGCCAAGUGUUGUGGCCUGUGCAUCUGGCCCCGCAUCAAGCUGAAGGACUUUGAGGAGAGUGGGGCCUAUAAGAAGGUGUGGGGGAACAACCAGGAUGGGGUGGUGUCCGGCCAGCCGUCCUCACGCGUGGUGGAUGAAAGAGAGCAGAUGAUCAUGAGCGGAGGCUACAUAAGCAAGGUGACAAAUGAUGCACGCGAAGAUGAGAUGGAGGAGAAUCUGGGACAUGUAGGCAGCAUUAUAGGCAACCUGAAGAGCAUGGCACUGGACAUGGGCAAUGAGAUCGACACACAGAAUGUCCAGAUUGACCGCAUUCAGGGCAAGGCCAUUCUCAAUGUAUCCCGCAUCGAUGCUGCCAAUCAGAAAGCUAACAAUCUAAUGAAGAGAUAAAGAGGAAGAUUGUCCGUCUCUGCUGUGUGAUCUGAUCUACUCCCUGUCGUUCUGUGCCAAUAUGCGUUCAGUGACCGUUCACCCACAUAGAAAAUCUGCCAAAUGAUCGUGUAUGCCUUAUCCUAAAGCCUGAGCAGCAGGGUACACAUCAUUAUUCAUACCUGGCUCUAC